UCGCUGGAAGAAAGACUCUUUACUGCUUUAACAAUAUAUCUGUUACGGCCGCAAAACAACAUAACAUCACAUGCGAAUCAAUGUGGGCUAGGCCUCCAGCAAUAUUAAAAUGGCGUAUACCAGAAUGUGUGCCUGCCGUAGUCCAAGAUCAGUCUGAUGUCAUUCAAGGCAACUUUUACAUCUCCAGGAAAACGGUAACAAUCACACCCUCAAGGGACAAUCACGGAAAGAUUCUCAGCUGCACAGCAUCACAUCCAGAACUAGAAAAGGAGCUCAAUUGCUCAAUGGUCCUAAAAGUUCAAGAUCCCCUGGCGAUUGGCAUGAUGACUACUGUUCUACUCGUCGGAAGUAGGAAGUAAUAACAAUAUGGAUUGCUGUCUUUACAUAUUGCUGUUCUUUACUUUUUUUGUGUCUGAGACAUACGAAGUGAGUGUAUCUACUCGUAUUCAGAACUCGCAAGUGGACCCAGUCAUUGGGGAAGAUGUUACUCUUGUCUGCACCUACGAGCCUUCAUACGAAACUCGAUUACUAAAUUGGAGAAACGGGAAUGGUGAUAUUCUGGCAAGUGAUACAAGAUGUCAGGGGUAUGGAUGCCACAGUAGAUACAAAGUUUCAGACAACAGCAAGUACAGUUUCAUAGCGGAUUCUUCCAGCGGGAAUCUUACUAUUACGACCUUAACACCGAAUGACAGCGGUGUAUAUCAGUGUUUUGUAAGCACGGACUACAACACAGGGCUAAGUCGAAUUCAUUUGAAUAUACAAUCACCAGCCAUAACAGGAUUGCUAUCAAUCACCGAUCGGUCCAGUGAAGUAUACAUGAACGGAGCAUCAGUAGCCAUCACCUACGGGAGGGCCCAGUACCUGACAUGCUCAAUCCAAAGCGCUAGAAGUCAUGUAGACCUCGAAUGGCAAGUUCCUGAUGAAGUAAAUGCUCGACAGCAAGAUCAGUACAACUUCAUUCACGGUGACGUCUACACGUCUUAUAAAGAAGUUGUGUUAAAUCCAGCCAAAGACGAUGAUGGAAAGAUGUUACGUUGUGUGGCUUUGCAUCAGGAGCUGGACUAUGAAAUACAAUUGUCUAUCAUCCUAGAAGUUCAAGUAUCGCCGACUGAUUUAAUUCUUACUGCAAUUAAUGGAAUAACUACCAGCAAAGAAGGAUCAAGAAGUGCAGUUGUCUUUGAAGAUUCGCCAACAUCAUUCACUUGCAAAAGUGUAGGAUCACGCCCUCAAGCUCAUGUAUACUGGUUCAUUGGUUCAAACAAUCACACUAGAAAUUCAACAUCAAUGUUUAGCAAGAACGAGGUAUACCACGGCUUGCAUGACACUAAGUCUAUUCUGGAGUUGAUCCCGAAGAGGAGGCAUCACAGACAAGAUCUUCGAUGCGUUGCCAUCGCUGGCAUUAGCCAACGUCAAGUAGCAGUGAAGAUAAGUGUUUAUGGACCACCGGAUCCUCCCUACUUUAAUGGAACAGAAGAAAUGCGCGAUGGAGUACCAACAAACAUUACUUGCACAGCAAACAAUGGCUAUCCUACACCAACGUUCCAGUGGUUUCUUGACACAAACAACAUCACCAAGGAUUCAGACAGCAUAUCUUCUUGGAACAAAGAUCAUUGGGUUGAUGCUAGAAGUGUGCUAGUAAUAACACCAAGGAGACACGAACACGGAAAACGACUUGUCUGCGAAGUUCAUCAAGGUGUCCACCGGGAUGCAGCAUCUAUGGAGGCUUGGAGUGCUAGUAGUAUUCUUCGUGUUCUUUAUUCCCCAGUCAUUGUGGACCAUUGUUUUCGUCGGGUACCUGUUGACGGGGAUAGCGUGGAUGCCUUGCUCACAUGUACAUCAGAUAGUAGACCUGUGGCCUCGAUAAACUGGUUCUGUAAUAGAAAGGAACUCAACAAUAGCACCCAUCGUCAGAUUCAUCGGGGUUUUAUAGAAGAAGAUACCCUGACUUCGAGUGUUCUGAUCAUUUCAAACAUUUCUGCACAAGACGAUGGCUACUAUACAUGUUUUGCUGAGACGAUGCUUGGGUAUGCUACGCAGUUACCAGUGUUAAUCUAUCGACUGACGUUUUAAUUCCGCGUAUUGGUGAAGACAUUCAUCUCCUCUGUAAUUUUAUGCCCUGGAAUCAGCAUGCUAAUAUAUUUAUCACAAAAGACAAAGCGACAAGUUUAUCAUUUAAAAUAUGCUUCAGCGAUGGAGAUUGCAAUAGUUAUAAUUCAAAUUCCGGAAAGAUGACAUGGCAUACGGACGAAUCAUCCGCUGAAUUGACAAUCAACAAAUGGAGUAUGAGUGACCAAGGAGACUAUCAAUGCAUUGUGGACAACAUAAGAUCAAAUACCGUGAAUCUGAGAAAAAUAA